CCCCGGCUCUGCGCCUGCUACGUCCCCACCGAGGUGCACUGCACGUUCCGGUACUUCACAGCCGUCCCACCGCACAUCCCUCCAAACGUGGAGCGCAUCAAUCUGGGCUACAACAGCUUGCUUAAACUGACGGAAACAGAUUUUUCUGGCCUGGAGAAACUGGAGUUACUGAUGCUGCACAGCAAUGAGAUAAAUACAAUCCCUGAUAAGGUGUUCAGUGGUUUAUAUUCAUUACAGGUCUUAAAAAUGAGUUAUAACAAGGUCAGAGUACUUCAGGAGGAUGUUUUUUAUGGUCUAAAGAGCUUGGUACGGUUGCAUAUGGACCACAAUAAAAUUGAAUUUGUAAAUCCCAACGUUUUCUACGGACUCACAUCGCUGAGGUUGGUCCACUUGGAAGGAAAUUUACUUAAGCAGCUUCAUCCAGAUACUUUUGUCACCUUGCGUUAUGGACAAAUAUUUAAAAUAUCCUUCAUGAAGCACAUUUAUUUGUCUGACAAUGUGUUGACUUCACUACCACAAGAAAUGUUUUCCUACUUGUCUGAGCUAGAGAGCAUUUACCUUCAUGGAAACCCAUGGUCCUGUGAUUGCAAUCUACAGCGGUUUGCAGCGUGGGCAAAACAGAGACCAGAUGUUAUAAAGUGCAAAAAAGACAGAAGUUCUGGUGCUCAGCAAUGCCCAGUUUGCGCUAGUCCCACGACUCGUAAAGGGAGAAGCUUAGUGGAUAUUCCUUCUGCAUCUUUAACCUGCACUAAGCCAGCCAUACAUGACUCCCUGAAACUGAAAAACCUCACGGUGCCGGGUGAUGGGGAUUUCAGUUCCGUAUCUCCCAAGGACUUCAUAGCGCCCAUAGGAUCCAUGGUUUUGAACAUGACGGACCAAGCAGGAAGUCGAGGUAACUUGGUUUGCAACAUCCAAAAGCCUAAAGAAAUGUCUCCCAUCUCAUUUGACAAAGAUGGCAACAGUACGGUACUCAAAGCAUCGUUCUCAGCUUUUCUUGUGUGCGGCAUUGAGUAUGAACAUAUUCAGCAGCUAUGGAGCAUACUGGCACUGUACAGUAAUUCUCCCUUAAAGCUGGAAAGGAAUGUCCUAGCAACUCACGUGCCUUCUGUUGGUUACAAAUAUAAACAAAUCUACUCAGAAAAAGACGAACUUUUUACCAAUAUAGAGACUGAACUGAGAGCUGAACCGUCUUGGUUAAUGCAAAGCAGAGUGGCAUUACAGCUAGACCGGACAGCAACCACACUUAACACGUUGCACAUCCAAUACUUUACAGAUGCUGAGAUUAUUUUGCCCAGUGCUGACAAAAAACAGGUGAGAAAUAACUGGACCAUCAUCUCCAGGGACAACAAAACACAGACGGAGCACACUGUUUUAGUCGGAGGGGCCGUCGAACUAGAGUGCCGAGCAAUUGGAGACCCCGCUCCUGCAAUAGAGUGGAUACUGGCUGAUGGGAGCAAAGUGAGAGCCCCUUAUGUCAGUGAGGAUGGAAGAAUCAUCGUAGUUAAAACUGGAACAUUCACGUUACGGACAGCUGACACGUUUGACACUGGGCUUUAUCACUGCAUAGGCACAAAUUACAACGAUGCAGAUACUCUCACAUUUAGAAUUACUGUGGUCGAUCCUUACGUGGAGCACAACAGCGUAAAUGGAGCCCAAGUUUCUGCGUUUGUUGGCAGCACGCUCUACCUUCCCUGUACAUCCACCGCCGUUCCAGAUGCUGCCAUUAGUUGGGUGUUACCUGAGCAUGCAAUUCUUCAGCAUUCUGUGAGAAACAAACAUAUUUUUGACAAUGGUACCUUGAGAAUACAAGGGGUAACAGAGCAAGACCGUGGCUACUUCAAAUGUGUUGCAGCCAACCAGUAUGGCGUUGAUCUGUUGGUUUUCCAAGUGCUAGUUAGGAAGGACGAAACCACUCUAAAGAAAAAACAUGUAGCUGUGGGACAAUGGGAAGAGGGCGAUGGCUCUGGCAAUGCAGUGCUGGCCUCUGCCACAACACAGGAGCAUCCUUCCGCUACUCUAGCUACCUUGACAGCUGAUCAGAUCUCUGCCACUACAGCAUCCAGAAAUCAGGUCACACAGAGCACACACAAAAGGAAUGGCUACGGGAAGAUGACUUACAGGCACUACAGGGACAAAAUAAGCAGGCGGUUUAGAGGACACAGAAGACAGUUUGUUUCCUCAGCCAGGAGAGCUGAUCCACAGCGCUGGGCAGCCUUGUUGGAAAAAACAAGGAGGAACUCGACAUUGAUAGAAAAGCAAGCAGAAGUUGCAACGAAACCACCUCUUCAAGUCCGUAAGUUCUCAGAAGUACCUGGGAAUGAGGAGGAAACAUCUGGUGAUCUCAUAUCUCCAGAAGAAGAAUUCAUGAUACCAGUAACAGAGACGACCACUGUAUCUACUCUGGGGACCAUGACAACUGCAGGGCCCCAGAUGACCAUGAAGGCAGUAACUCCCUUACCCUCUCCUUUUUCACAGUCUGCGUCAUCUGACAGCAGAAGGCCUCAAACAUAUCUAAACCCCACAAUUACACACUCGAGGGAAAGAUCUGAUUUAAGUCAAAUGUCAGCAAAUGGUAUGAAACAAUCAGCUGUAUCAAAUGCAGCAAGUAGAACAUCUACACUCUUCCCUGCUGGGCAAACGUUGGUGUAUUCUGGGGAAAGUAAUAAGCAGCAUUUAAAAUCUGUAUCUACAACACUCGUGACAAAUGUUGUGGCCACCAGCAAGUCUGUCACUUCCCAAACUGCAGCGGACAAGCUACAUGUUUUUACUGAGUCUGUUGAUAAGAUUUCGUCCAAAACAGAUCACCAGAUACCUGUAGUGACAGUCAGUGAACCAAGCCCUGGAUUUGGUCACGUUUAUUUUCAUGUUACUCAGAAACAAGUAACUCCUAAGCCACCAUUGGCCUCAACUACCAUUACUCAUCAGCAAAUUCAGACUAUUCAGGAUGUUACAACUCAUACACCCCAGGCCCAGCAGCAAUAUGGAAGACGGAGGAAAAUUUCUAGUAGGAGACGAUUUGUUAGACCAGGACGCAUUCCAGGUAUGAAAGAGCACAGGUACAAUUUGGGGAGGCCAGGAUCUGUCAGAGGAAGUACAGCUGUGGCUCCAGAUGUUCAAAUGAAUAUGAAAUAUGUAUCAAAUUUACCAACCUUAAAUAAUUUAAACCACUCCAUCAACCCACUUAGCCCAGCAGCACCUCUGUCCUCCCCCUCUACCAUGACUAUGCCAUUGGAGCACCCAGCAGGUUCUCAUCAAAACACAGCAUUCCUUGGGGAAGAGGAAAACAAAGAUAACGCAAGGCAAAAAACUACUCCGACAGCCCUGCCUUUCAUUACAACGGGAGUCCAACCUUUUAGCAUCAGACCACCAACAACGGCAAUCCACACAGCUCAUACUGCUACAGAAAUUAUAAAUACCAUAAGCACUAAGAUACCUUCUACCCUUGAGUCAGUCUCACCCAGCGCUAAGCCUAGAACCUCACCAAAAAAUUCCCAAAGAGGAAAAAUUAGUUGGGAACGUCUCUUUGGAAAUGGUGCACAAAAAGAGGUUCUGGAGAAGGUACCAAACCAACAGACAGAUGUGUUUCCAUCAAUAGAGGUAUCGACCAUGCUUCCUAAAACUACGGCAGCAUUAUCCAUGUCCAAAAUGUCUCCUUUGCACUUUACGCCUAUUUCAACAG